AUUUAACUCAACCGCAGAAAAAAUUCCGACAUGUGGUUUCUUAUCCUAUAUUUGAAGAAGUAAUUCGUAUUCCCGAACAUUAUCUUAAGAAACCAUCACAAAGCUUCGAGGAAUUGUUUAAUAAAUUCUAUUCGGAUAACAAAAGAUGGCUUUAUGAUGACUUUGGUUCAGUAAAUGAUAACGAUCGACUUCAGCCGUUUUAUUUGUUUGUCCGAGAUAUUUGUAAACAUCUUUUUUCCUUGUGGGAUUAUAAAAUUCAUCAAGAGUAUUGCUUGGAGGGUACGUGGGGUCGAUUAGUUAUGGACCCAUUAUUAAAGUUAAUUUCAAAUCCUUCAAAAGAGCGAGGUUUUUGGCAGUGGGAGGGAGCCGGAUCAUUGGCUUCUGAAUUCAGGAAGGAAACUGAUCCAAGAAAGCCAGAUUUCUGGGUUCUUAUAGAA